CCCUCCUCAUCCUUCCUGUCAGCUUUUCAUUAAGCAUUGCCUUGUUUGCCCCCCUCUAUUUAAGAGUGCGACAUUCAAGCAUCCGCAUACUUCACGUUGCCCGCUACAUCUAAAAGCUUGUCGCAAUCAAGCUUUGUUGCAACUCUAGCUGACCACAGGUCUGCCCCCACAGCUUCGUCAACGAUCAGCCACCCGCGGUGCCCUCCGCUUGUGUCCGACACACUCCGUCGCCCGGUCUAUUGCACCCAUUGACUGGCAUUAGCCGACAUCACUCCAACAAAUCAGCUCCUCCCGCUACAAGCUACGACCCAGACAGUAUGGGUGGUGGAUGCCAAGGCAAGGGCAGAGCCUCCUUUGGCUCCUACCCAGUCUUCGCCGACAGACCUGUGGGUGUUGCUAAGACAAGCAUCCUCAAGGGUAGAAUCGAACCUUUUUAUAAGUCUGGACAAUAUGAUAAGGUCAAUUUAUUGGCCAACAUGUACAAUGGCCGCGUCUCCGGUGAGCCUCAUAUUAAGCUCUCAGUUUGGAGCGCUCCUGGACAGGACCGACCCAGCUUUGAGGAAGCCACCUCACAUUCUUUCAAGGAAACCCACCUUGGCGCUUCUUUCGGUCCUUCCUGGUCCACUCACUGGUUCCGUGUCCUGUUGACUGUACCCAAGGAGCUUGCUGACGAGGAGCUUGUUAUCCUCGAGUGGGAUGCGAACAACGAGGGCCUCGUGUGGGCUGAGGACGGUAUGCCUCUCCAGGGUUUGACAGGUGGCGGCGAGCGCAUCGAGUGGAUUAUCCCAAAGACCAUGCGUGAUGGCAAACAGCACAUGAUCUACGUCGAAAUGGCCUGCAACGGCAUGUUUGGCAAUGCUCCCGAUGGCACCAACGCAAACCACCCCCCUGACCCCAACCGAUACUUUAGUCUGAGCCGCGCCUCUAUCGCCGCCGUCAAUGUACAGGCUCGCGGGCUUCUUUUUGAUAUCUGGGAGAUUGGAGAUGCUGCUCGUGAGCUUCCAGAGGAUUCUGCCGAACAAAACAAGGCUCUUGCUGUUGCUAUGCGAAUCAUUGACAACUUCAAGGUCGAUAACCAGGAAUCCAUUCUCAAGUGCCGUGAAAUUGCUCAGGAAAUCGUUGGUCCGGAUGUCGACUCUCACCGUGUCUACGAAGUAGGCAGUGAUCCCAUCGUUUUUGGUAUUGGGCACUGCCACAUUGAUAGCUGCUGGCUCUGGCCAUUUGAUGAAACCAAACGCAAGGUUGCACGUUCGUGGUCCAGCCAGUGUGAUCUAAUGGAUCGCUACCCUGAGGCUCACUUUGCUUGUUCCCAAGCUCAGCAAUUCAAGUGGCUCAAGACACUCUACCCCAAGGCAUAUGAACGUGUCAAGGGCAAGGUUCGUGAAGGCCAGUUCCACCCUAUCGGUGGUAGCUGGGUCGAGCACGACACAAACAUGCCUAGUGGUGAAUCCUUGGUUCGUCAAUUCUUUUACGGUCAACGAUUCUUUGAAACCGAGUUUGGCUUCCGUUGCCGAACCUUCUGGCUGCCUGAUACAUUCGGUUACUCUAGCCAGCUGCCUCAGCUCUGUCGCUUGGCAGGCAUGGAUCGUUUCAUGACGCAGAAACUCAGCUGGAACAACAUCAACAACUUUCCCCACACAACAUUUAUGUGGGUGAGUCCAGAUGGUAGUCAAGUAAUCUGCCACAUGCCUCCAUCAGAGACCUACACCGCCGAAGCCAAUUUUGGUGAUCUCCGACGCAGCAUCUCCCAGCACAAGACUCUUCGCACUGACAGCAGUUCGCUCCUUGUGUUUGGCAAAGGUGAUGGUGGUGGUGGUCCCACUUGGGAACACUUUGAAAAGCUGAGAAGAUGUGCUGGCAUCAGCAACACCAUUGGUGGUAUCCCCAAGCUCAAGCUUGGUCUUACUGUCGAUGACUUCUUUGAUCGCCUGGCUCCCAAGGCAAAUGAUUUCCCUACGUGGUACGGUGAGCUCUACUUUGAGCUUCACCGCGGCACAUACACCACCCAAGCCAAUAACAAGUACUACAACCGCAAGGCUGAGUUUAUGCUCCGUGAUAUUGAACAGUUGGCUACUUUUGCUUCUAUCAAGCACAAAAACUACAAGUAUCCUACCGAGGAUAUUGAUAACAUGUGGGAAACUGUCCUCCUGUGCCAGUUCCAUGACUGCUUGCCUGGAAGCUCCAUUGAGAUGUGCUACGAUGACUCUGAUAAGCUAUAUGCCGAGGCUUUCAAGACUGGUCAUAGACUUCUGAAGGAGCUCUACGAGCUCUCUCACGCUUCUGACAUUCGCCCUUCGCAGCUCUCCGAGUCUGUUGCUGUCAACACGCUCCCCUGGCACCGCAAAGAGCUUGUCGAAAUCGCUGGUGGUCAAGCCGGCGUUGCUUGUGGUGAUGGCCAGUUCCUCUCGGUUCGCACGUUCAAGACUGAAGAUGCUACUCCGGCAGUCACCUUGGAGGAACGCGACGGUCAAUUCAUCAUUGAGAAUGAGCAUUACCAAGUUGUUGUUGAGGACGGCUGCAUCGUAUCGAUCUUUGACCAGAUCAACAACCGCGAGGUUAUUGAAAAGGGUGGCAAGGCUAACAAAUUCGUUAUGUUCGACGAUAUUCCUCUCUACUGGGAGGCUUGGGAUGUCGAAGUCUACCACCUCGAAACCAAGAGGGAUCUUAAGUAUGGUUCCACUAGCGUCCAUGAGCAGAAGCCUCACCGCGUAACGUUGGUUACCGACAUCAAGAUCAGUGAGAACAGCUCCAUGAAGUCGUACAUUACUGUCUCCGCUGCGCUCAAGGGCCAGAACUCGUGGAUUGAAUGCUCUGCCGAGGUUGACUGGCACGAAGAUUCCAAGUUCCUCAAGGUCGAAUUCCCUGUCAAUGUCGUUAGCAACGAGGCCUCAUACGAGACUGCCUACAGCAUCACCAAACGUCCUACUCACUACAACACCAGCUGGGACAUGGCCAAGUUUGAAGUCUGCUGCCACAAAUUUGCUGACUUGUCUGAGCACAACUAUGGUGUUUCUAUUCUCAACGAUAGCAAGUACGGCUUUGCGACUGCUGGCAAGACAAUGCGUCUGUCCCUCCUCCGUGCUCCCAAGUCUCCUGAUGAGCAUGCUGACAUGGGUCGCCACACUAUCCGCUGGGGCAUUCUUCCUCACAAGGGCGCCUUGUCUGCCAGUACUGUCCGGGCUGCCUAUGCUUUCAACAGCCCAUUGAAGGUGUUGACUGCUCCCAAGGCUACCAUUGCGUCCAUUUGCGAAACUCCUAUCAAGCUUGUUAACACCGACGAUUCAGCAUCUUUGAUUUUGGAUACUAUCAAGCGUGGUCAUGACGAUGAGGAUGUCAGCCGCCGCGACGGCCUCGCUGUCAACCCUGGAAAAUCCAUCAUCAUUCGCGUAUACGAGUCGCUUGGAGGCCACAGCCGAGGCACUAUCAAGACCGCUUUUGAUAUCAAGAAGGUUACCAAGUCCAACAUUUUGGAAGACGACUUGGACGAGAUUGCUGUUAGCGGCGGUCAGUUCAACAUUGAGCUCCGUCCCUUUGAGGUGGCCACGUUCAAGCUUCACCUGUAGGGUGAUAAUGAAGUAGAUUGUACUUGCCCACCUGAGGAAAUGGAGUGAAAGUAUUUGCAAUUGAGAGCAGAGUGAUGCUAUGUUACUAUAGCCGUGUUGUAUAAACAUUUCAUUUUUAUGUCCCUAUAAACGUCUAUGCUUCGUGAAAAAUACAAAGAGAAAACCCCUAAACUCCUGUAACCAUGAAAGUGAAACAAAUGUCGUCAACAAAGGAUGGAGAAGAUUGGUAGCCACAAGAUACAAAACGUAACCAGACUAUUCUCCAGUCUCUGGCAGUUCUUCAAUGACACCUUCAACCAUGGCAAUUAGCUCGUCAAUAUCGGGACGUUCGGCAGGCUCUACCUUGAGGCACUGGCGGACGACCUUACGGAUAGGCUCGCUAAUGGUAACUUCAUCACUGCCACCAGAAGCACUAGGGCCAGCAGCACCUCCAGCAGCAGCCUUGGCUUUUGCGACUUGGAUGCUGUUGACACGCUUGGCUCCAGCAGGUGUUUCAUCAGGGAAGCGCCAGUCGCCACCCUGGACACACAUGCUAAGAGUGCCACCAGUCUCGUCAGAACGCAUCUCAAAGGGAGACUUGCCGACAAGACAGGCGAACAGCGUACAUCCCAUGGACCAGAUAUCCGUCUUGGUAUCGACAACGGUGCCGGUCUGCACGUCAAAGAGCUCGGGGGCACGGUAGGGCAUGGUGGAGUGUUCGGCUGCGGUGUCUUGGAUCUGAAGCGCAAUCGUUUGUGAUGUAACUGGGAUGGGCGAUGGGGCGACACUACCGAGAUCCAUGAGGAUGGGGUUGGAGCCGGUGUCGUCAAUCAUGAUGUUGCCUACCAGAUGUUAGCUUGCUACUCUUACACCAGACAGAGCUAUCGCCGGGAAUUGAGUUUCUUACCUGGCUUGAUAUCGCGGUGGACAUAAGACUGUACUCUGCCGCCCUGGGCAACUUGAUUCUCAGACUCCAUGAGCGGUCUCUCUUGCUCUCCUUCUUCCUCGUGCUCGGUGCGCUUGCCGCGGGUUCCGCCUCGUAUCGGGCCAUCAUUGUCGUCCUCGCGGCCCAUCUGCAUCCUCUCAGCCGGCGGGGCGCUAUAGUUGUGCAUGGAUCGGAGGGCCUUGCAGACACCGAGGAAGAGCAUCAUGAGGCGCUUCUCGGGGAACUGCGCGUGGUUGACGAGGUUGGCGUUGAUCAUGUCCUGGAGGUUGCCGCGGCGGUAAUACGGCAGCAGGAUGUAGACCGUCUUUGUGGCUUCGUCGGCUCCGCGUUCGGUGGCAACGGCAUGGUCAAAGGCGGCAAUGAUGUUGGGGACGUGCGAGAAGAGGCGGUAGGCGUCAACUUCGCGCAUGGCCUGCUGGACGGACUCGGCGCCAAAGGGGCAUCGGAUCUUCUUGAGGGCGAAGAGCUCGCUCGUCGAUGUGUCUUCAACAAGGUAGACGUAGGAGAAGCCGCCCUGGAGUACCAAUUAGUAUAUAACAUCACGGCAAGUCGAUAGAAAGAGAAUGCGGGCCUGCUUACCUCGCCGAGCAGGCGCUGAAUCUUGAAGCUUCGGCUGUUGACUUUGAGCGUCGGCGAGCCGGGGAAGCAAUUGAGGCAAUUGCCAAAGGAGUAGACGAGGUCUAGAAGUAUCUGCGCCAUUUUGAUGGAGCGAAUGCUCUGUGUAGAUAUUUUGCCGAUGCAGGGGAAUUGGGGACUACGGCGGUGGUUGUAGCUAAGUUGCUAGACGCGCGGCCGAGCUAGCAGGCACUCGGGAGAGGUGCAGAUCCGCAACAAUUGGAAAGGUGAAGCGGAUGGGUCGGUGCAGGUCGUGCAGGUCGUGCAAUCGCAACGUUUUGUUGAUGGGUUGGAUGCGCUGGGCGAAAUGCAAAAGAUGACAAAGAGAAGAAGCGUUGGCCACAGUGACGCUUGGACGGUGACAGCUGUUUGCGCAAAACUGGG